AUGUCUAUGAAGGUAAUUGAUUUUGGCUCUAUUGUCCAAAAAGCUGCAGCGCGAAGAGGAGGGGCAGACACCGCAGAGUGGGCAGUGAAAGUUUUCACUCAAGGAUACACUGCAAGCACAUCCACCCAAAUGCCAUUUGGUAAUUUUCCGUCACAUCCUUUCCCCGAACAUCCCAUUUCUUUUCUGCCGUUCGCUUCACCUUCCAAGGCCUGCUCUCGUAAUGGUUUAACGCCCAACUAUGACAUUCAGUGGGCUGCUGAACACGAAAAGAGGAUACUGCGAGUUGAAGAAAGCCUACUCUUGAGUUGGCAUUUCCCUGAAGGAAAUUCUUUUUUAGGAGCAGAUGUCACCAUUCAGCCACUUCACUAA